UGUUAUUCUCUAUAUAUUCUCUAAUUAAUCUCUUUUUUUGUGUGUUUAAUUUGUUAUUUAACAAUGACUACUAUUCCGGUUAUUGAUUUUUCAAAACUUGAUGGAGAGGAAAGAGCCCAAACUUUGGCUCAAAUUUCCAAAGGUUGUGAAGAAUGGGGAUUCUUUCAGUUGGUGAAUCAUGGGAUUCCAGUGGAGUUGUUAGAAAGGGUGAAGAAGGUGGGUGGAGAAUGCUUUAAGUUGGAAAGAGAAGAAGUUUUCAACAAGUCAAGAGCAGUCAAUUUGCUUAAUGAGUUUGUGGAAAGCAAUAAAAAUGGCAAAGUUGAAAAUGUGGAUUGGGAAGAUGUAUUCCUUCUAACUGAUGAUAAUCAUAAUCAAUGGCCCUCCAACACUCCUCAAUUCAAGGAAACAAUGAAUGAGUAUAGAUCAGAGGUGAAAAAGCUAGCAGAAAGAGUGUUGGAAGUAAUGGAUGAAAAUUUAGGUUUAUCAAAAGGUUACAUCAAGAAAGCCUUCAAUAACAAUAAUAAUGGUGCAUUUUUUGGUACAAAAGUGAGCCAUUACCCACCAUGUCCACAUCCAGAAAAGGUGAAUGGUCUUAGAGCUCACACUGAUGCUGGUGGUGUCAUUUUGCUCUUUCAAGAUGAUCAAGUCGAUGGUCUUCAAAUCCUCAAAGACGGACAAUGGAUCGAUGUACCUCCUAUCCCCAACGCCAUUGUGAUCAACACAGGUGAUCAAAUCGAAGUGCUUAGCAAUGGGAAAUACAAGAGCGUUUGGCACCGUGUCUUGUCAAAACCAGAUGGGAAUAGGAGAUCCAUUGCUUCAUUCUAUAAUCCUUCAUUGAAAGCCACUAUUUCUCCAGCACCAGAGCUACUAAUUUUGGAGGAAAAAAAAGUGGAUCAAUUAAUUGCUACUUAUCCAACUUUUGUGUUUGGGAAUUACAUGAAUGUUUAUAAUGAGCAAAAGUUCCUUCCUAAAGAGCCAAGGUUUCAAGCUGUGGCUGCAAUCUGAACUAGUUCUUUAAUAUAAUUAUGCAUGCCUACCAACUUCUUUUCAUUCAGUUUUUAGAUUAAAUAAAGGUAGU